AGAAAUGGCAGAAAACAAGAGAAAUAUUCCAAUUCAAUUCAAUCGUGAUUUUAGCGUAAUUGAUUCAGAAUUCGGACAAAUCCGUGAGAGAUUUGAUCAAGAAAUGCGUAGAAUGGAAGACGAGAUGAACAAAUUUCGCAGUGAACUCAUGAAUCGUGAAUCCAAUUUCUUCGAGACAACUUCAAGUUCAACAACAUCAAACAACAGUCUUUCUAGAGCACAAUCAAAUGUAUCUGAUAUUAAUUCACCAUUAAUCCAAGAUGAUGGAGAUAAUAAGGUUUUAAAGUUAAGAUUUGAUGUCAGCCAAUAUGCACCUGAAGAAAUUGUUGUAAAGACCGUUGAUAAUAAAUUGAUGGUACAUGCCAAGCACGAAGAGAAAACAGACACAAAGAGCGUAUACCGUGAAUACAAUCGUGAAUUUUUGCUCCCUAAAAACGUCAAUCCAGAAUCUAUCCGUUCAUCUCUCUCAAAAGACGGUGUUUUGACUGUAGACGCUCCAUUACCAGCAAUUGCUGGACCCGGAGAGAAAAUGAUUCCAAUUGCACAUAAUUAAAACAGAAGUUCCAAUGUUCAACAGACAUAUAACCAAUGUGAAGGAGGAAUAACAUUAUGUCAUGCAUCAUUUUUU